CUCUAUUUAUGUGGGGCAACGUGCUCACAUAACAUGCAACAUGGCGGGUUUCAGUCAGCAAGACUUCAACAGGAGCGCAUUGACACUCGAUAAUGGACGGGCUUGGUACACUGGACAAAGAACAGAAAAGAUUCCCAGUGGAUUGGUAGGAGUCGUCGGUCACAAUUGUCUUGGACUGGAUCUCUCCUACAACGAAUUGACCACCGUUUCCGGCGUAAAGGAUUUUGAGCAACUUCAAGAAUUGAUUCUGGACAAUAAUAAGCUCGAUGAUCUUAAAACGCUGCCGUGUAUCCCGACUUUAACUACGUUGAGUAUAAAUAACAACAAGAUAUCCAACAUUGACAGAGCUCUCGAGCAAAUACGAGAAUGUUGUCCUAAUAUAGAGUACGUGAGCCUCCUGGGCAACCCUGGCUGUCCCGAUCAGCUCACCAAUCCGGUGUCCACCGACGAGGACGAUUAUGAUCGUUACAGGCUUUAUGCCAUUCACAUUUUACCUCCGAGUCUUCGUUUCCUGGACUCACGAAGAAUCACUCAACAAGAGAGACUGAAUGCUAAAGCUCGUGGCAAAUACUCCAGGACAAUCAAACUUGUUCCGGAAUUAGUACGCAAGUUUGUACCUAGAUCAACGUACGCUGGUAACGAGUUCGACGACAUAUAUUUCAACAUCCAUUAUACGCCCUUGCCGAACUCACAACGUACUCCUCAGGAUCACAGAGGUGCGUACGGUAAGUGCAAGUAUCGAUACUCCGGCAAGAAUUCAGAGGGCAAUCGAUUCAUCUCGAAUAACGAUCUCUAAUUGAAAAGAAAUUGUCCAAAUAUAUUUUUAAGCGUGGCCUUAAAAUAUCGAAGCGAUGUUUCUAGUCAGAUAUGAUUGAUAACGAAAUAUUAUCAAUGUGAAAUAUCAAUGUGAAAUAUCUCCCAUAGAUUUUGAUGUUAUUAAAGUUUAUCAUGCGAUAUAUACGAUUAGUAUUACCGAUUCUAAUGAUAAAAGUAUA